AUCUAAAUAUAAAAAUAUCUCUCGGUUUACUCUUGGUGCUCAGUUGACGGUCAGCAGUGUUACCGAGCAAUUGAAGCAGCAUUCAACGCAUUCACAUCAAUAAAAACAUUUUGCGUGCGAGUAAUUAACCAGUAGUUAUCUAUCACAAAAUGGUUGUCGGUAAAUUGUACAUGUUGGACUUAAGCCCACCGGCCAGGGCCGUAUUAUUGGUUGAGAAAGCACUUGGAAUUGAAUUGGAGCAUAUCAUCGUUGAUUUAUUCAAAAGCGAACAAAAUUCUGCGGAGUAUAAACAAUUAAACCCACAACAUACAGUGCCAUGUUAUGUCGAUGAAGAUGGCACUAUCAUUUCGGAUAGCCACGCAAUCAUGGCUUAUUUAGUCGGGAAAUACGGUAAAAAUGAUUCUUUAUACCCAAAAGAUCUUGCAAAACGUGCUGUGGUUGAUCAACGCCUCCAUUUUGAAAGUGGUAAUGUCUUCCCUACAUUACGUGUCAUGGUUUUUCCAAUGUGGACUGGCGGUGAGAAAUGUCCCACUCCAAAGCAAAUCGAAACAUUAAACACUCAAUACGAUUUCCUCAACAAGUUUCUGUCCGGGAAGCCAUGGAUGGCCGGUAAUACAGUGACCAUCGCUGACUUCAGUCUCAUCUCAUCAAUUUCAUCUCUUUUACAUAUGGUACCGAUUGAUUCAAAGUACACUGACUUAUUGGCUUGGGUAAAACGUUGUGAGCAAUUACCUUACUACGAAGCCAAUGGAAAAGGUGCUAGAGCAUUCAAGGAGUUUGUCAAACCAUUCUUAAUUCAAUAAUCAUCAACAUCCACUUGAACCCACACGCUCAUUGCUCACACAUUAAAAAUGUCAUGAUUCAGCAGUAUAUUUUGUUCGAGAUGAAAUAAAACCGCUUUUCAUGUUGUA